AUGCUGAAAACUGCUCUGCGUCGGCGGGCUCUUCCCCCAUCAUUCCUCCAGCGACGAUGGGCAACACAGGGUACAGAAGAACCAUUUCCUCCCGAUAUCAAUGAGUGGUCUCAUCCCCCUUCGAAUGCCACCAUCUCAGACGAAGAAAUACAGAGACUAGCGGCACAGCCUCGCCGGCCUCUAACUCUAGCAGAUCUAGUCAGACAUGGCAAACCUCCCUUACGAGAUUCUGCUCUCCUCUCCUCCGCAAACUUCACCUUAUCCCUUCUUCCGGCGCGCCUCGCUCAUCGCAUUCAAGCUCUUCGAAACCUCCCCUUCAUCGUGGUGUCCAACCCAAAUGUCUCCAAGAUAUACAACAAUUACCUCCAUUCUCUCUCCACCCUAGAACCUUUCUACAAGAAACCUAUUGAGACCAUUGAGGAAGAGAUGAAGUUCACAGAAGCCAUGGCCGAUCUUGUCCGGACCCAUUCAAACACCAUCCCGGUCCUUGCACAGGGGUUUCUUCAAUGUAGGAAAUACGUGGAUGCUGCCGAAGUCACUCGGUUUCUCGACCAACAUCUUCGCGCAAGGAUAGGUACCAGACUCGUUGCAGAACAACAUCUGGCCCUGCACAUGGCUUCGACGGGAGACGCGGCCAAGCAGAAACCCGACCCAACUCACGUCGGCGUAAUCGACCUCGCGCUCCGCCCCGCAGACAUCGUCCGCCGAUGCGAAGGGUUCGUCAACGAGGUCUGUGAGUACAAAUACGGCGUUCGCCCCUCAUUGAUCAUCAACGGAGACCGAGAUGCAGAAUUUGCACACAUCCCCAUGCACCUGGAAUACAUCAUUACGGAACUCUUGAAAAAUGCAUUCCGUGCCACGAUUGAGAGCGGCAACGAGAAGGAACCCAUCGAAGUCACAAUUGCAUCCGCUCCCGACGUGCAGACCACGAAGCUCGAGUCCCUCAAGAAGCUGUCUGUAAGCAAAGACAAUGCGUAUGAUUUUUCCCAGGAGGGGCUCGACGAGUACUGCUCUGCAUCUGAUGAAGAUGUUCUUGGUCCCCUCAACUCGGUCGCCCCCUGCAUUACCUUGCGCAUUCGUGAUCGAGGAGGCGGCAUCCCACCCGAAGCCUUGCCCAACAUCUGGUCAUACAGCUUUACCACUUUCAACAACGAGGAAGCCGCCGCAGCGGCCAAUGUCGGCAGCGACGGCUCCGAGGGCUUAAGUGUCAUCUCAAACAGUGGAACGAAUCAGUCUUCCAUUGCCGGGUUAGGAUAUGGACUACCCUUGGGACGUGCUUACGCCGAGUACUUUGGCGGUGGAAUCGCCGUGCAGAGCAUGUAUGGUUGGGGCACGGAUGUCUACUUGACGUUGCAGGGGAUUGGGAAUACAAAGGAUUUGAAAGACGCACCCAACGGGUUGGAAGAGUUGGAGAGGAAGAAAAGCGAUUAG